AUGCUAACUGAAGUUCAGAGCCUAAGAACUGAAACCCAGUCUCUUCGAGCAGAGAAUCAAGCCCUGCGUCUCCAGAUGACCCAGCUGGUCACUCAGGGACUCCCCAUGCAACAGGUGCAGGAAGUCACCCAGCCUCAGCCGACACCCAGAAGCAAGCCCCCGGUGGGAAUGCCAGCCCACUAUGGGGGAAAAGUUGAGCAAUCCCUUGCCCAGUGUGAACUGUACACGCGUGUGCGACAGUCGGAGUUUCCAAACAACAGUGUGAAGUUGGCAUUCAUCAUUAGUCUUCUAGAAGGAGAGGCUGCUCAAUGGACCACCCUGCGGCUGCUGCGAAAUGAUCCUGUCUUGAUCCAGUAUACUGCCUUUGUUAAUGCCAUGGCCAAGAUCUUCCGGGAUCCCCAGCACAAGAAAACAGUGUCCAGGCAGUUGGGGCGCUUGAAACUGGAAAAGCACAAGUUUGCCUAUAACAACUCUGUGCGUGCCUCGAUGCAGCAGACCCCGUCCUUUGCCAUCCUGGGGUAUCAUCUGUGCACCUUUGCCCACCCCAGUGUUUCCCCAGUGGUUCCAGUGGUGGCAGAGUUUGUGUAG